UAAGAACUGCUGCUUAACUUUUACACAUACUGUAUAUCCUACAUCUUUGUAGAUUGCAUUAUUGCUGUUAGUUCGUAAUUGUUCCCCCUUCAAAGGACAUGACAUGUGCGUGUGUUAACACUACCAUCCAUUUGUUGAUGUAAUUGACACAUCUAUGAACACAUGACAUGGCACAUCAUGUUCCCACACAACGAUGAUUAAUAAAUCAUCGGAGGAAUUGUCAAAGCCACAUCAUAGCAUACAUAUAUAUAUAUAUAUAACAAACCUGACAACCACAGUCACACAGCCAUCAUACAAGGACAUAGUCUCCCAACAGAUCAUGGGGCAGUUGAAGGUUUACCUUGUUUUCUGGACAUUGCUUCUCAUGACCAUUUCUGCAGAGGAUGAUAUAAGUCUAUCAAAAGAGUGUGAGGAUGCUCCCUUCGUUCCAGGAUAUAAUCUCGCUGGAGAGGGAUUUGAUGUUGUGACCAUGGAGCGUAAAGGUUCUUACGUGAUCAACACGGAAAAAUGGGAUGUAGGAAAUGGCACUUGUAAAUUGCACAACAAGUACAUGGGUGAAAUAAAACAGAAGCUACCAGCAGCAGUUGUGUUCUGGAGGACCUUGCCAAAGUGUUCAAUGAAAGUCUCCAGUCAGAUCUUUGAGUCAAGUGAAGCUCUGGUCAAUGAUUCAUCAUCAGCACUGGAUGCCAGCUGGAAAGUUGGUUUAGAUGUUAAGGCCGUUGGAGCUGCUGUUGGAAGCACUCAUUCCAGGGAAGCAAAAUUUGCUAUGACUAAAUCUAAAGAAGACAAAUACAGUUUCACCAAACAUGAAGUUGGGUGCGAUUUUUACAGAUAUCGUGUAGCUGAAAAACCUCCUCUUCAUGCAGAAUUUCUUGAAGCUAUCAAAUCACUUCCUGCAUCCUACGACCCAGACGCCUACCGCAACCUGAUCAGCACAUAUGGCACUCACUAUACCACAGGUGUCAACUUAGGAGGGAAAAUGAAAGCCAUAACAGCCAUCAAAAGCUGUCAGGCAGCAGUGAGUGGACUUACAGACACUGCAGUGAAGGACUGUUUGGAUGUAGAAGCCUCUGGUUCAUACAGUGCAGCAACUGUGAGGGCAAAGUCACAUUUUUGUCAAAACCAAAAAAGGAAGAUGCAUACAAAUGAAAAGUUUAGCUCCAUGUUCAAUGAACGUCAGACAGAGAUUACUGGAGGAGACAAAAAUGGGGAAAAUCUGUUUUUUUCUGAUUCAUCACAUGCAGAUUCCCUUAAAAAAUGGGUCGAAUCUUUGAAGAGUCUCCCUGACAUUGUGCAUUACUCUCUGAAACCUCUUCACUUCUUACUGAGUGAAAAACACCCUGCAAGAAAAGGACUGAAGAAAGCUGUUGAAGAAUACAUCGUUCAAAAUGCCCUUAUGAAGGUUUGCUCUGAGCCUUGCAAGAUUGGCAGGAAGUGCAGUGCAAGAGACAGAUGUACUUGUGUUUGUCAAAGUAGUCCAAUUAUAAAGUCUAACUGCUGUCCACCUGAAAAAGGACUUGCCACCCUGAAAGUCUACAAUCUCAGAGCCAAAGGUCUGCACGGAGAUACAUUUACACAAACAGAUGGCACAGUUACUGUUACAUAUGACAAACAAUACAAGCGCACUGAGACCAUUGAUAAUAAAGACAAUCCACGCUGGCCAGAAACAUUUGACUUUGGUCCUAUUAAAAUCAGAAUGGCUAAUAAACUCAGUUUUGAAGUAUAUGAUGCAGACAGCGCCUGGAACAGUGAUCUUCUUGGUGAAUGCUCUUUUGAUCUUAAAAGUGGAGUUGUGACUGAUGCUUGUGUUUUUAAAUAUGGCACCUUUUUUUUUACCUACGAAGUGAAAUGUGCUCCCAGUCUGCAGGGCCCUCGGUGUGAUCAACACAAAUCUUCUCCGAUGGCUGCCAGUCUGGCUGAUAUUUUCAGCUCAAGAAAUGGUGUUCUGGUUAAAGAUCUGCCGAGGCUUGAAUUAGCUCUCAAUAACUCAGAUAAGUUUAGCUCCAAUACUUAUGCAAAGCUGAUGAUGCUGUAAUCUGCAUCUCAAAUCCAUCAUUUAUGCAUGAAAAAUAGCCCCAAUAUAGCUUAGAACCAUUUUUGUGUGCUAGUAUCAAAAGUGUAUUUAACGUUUGCCUGUUUCCUUUCCCAUUGCUUUCUGUUUUAUUUUGUGUUUUUGCAUUAAUAAAGCAUUCAAACAA